AUGAUUGCCUGCUAUUCCUCCAAUCUGUUGUCCAAUAAGCGCUCUAAGGACACAGUGCUGCACUCUUGGCGCAAAAGGGCCCGAAAGCGCUGCACUGUUGUUGUUGUUGUGUUUGCGAUGGAGAGCAGCGAUCCGUUGGCCGUCUGUUUGGCGGAGAACUCGCGCCUAAGAAGCGAGUGUCGGAAGUAUCGGCGAAUCGCGUGUCUGUUGUCCCAAAUGAACGCUUUGACGCAAUCGGCGCUUCUUCGCUGUCAAUGUCUCUCUUCGCGCGAUAACGUCAUCAACAAAUGGAUUGUCUUUCGGCAACAGUUGCAAGACGUGAAGAGCGGAGACGACGUCGAGAGCGACGACUCGACCGCCGAUUCGGACGCCGAGACUCUCAUCGACUCAGUGAUCGAUGCGCUCAUCGAUUGCCGCCAACUGCUGACCAAAGAGGACGACCAGAACGAGAACCGCGAGACGAGGCGCGGAAGAGGACGACCGCCGAAGAAGCUGAAGACCAAAGGGAUGCGACGCGCGACCAAACGCCCACUCACUCGGAGGCCGUGUUCUGAGCGCAAGGGAAAGAUUGUGACCGAAGAGGGAAAAGAAGUGUUUAUGAGUCGAACGAAACGCCUUCAGUGCCAAUGGCCCGGAUGCGACGCCAUGUUCAGAGACCGCGAGGACCUCGAGAACCACAAGUGGCGCCACACCGGCACCAAACUCUACCAGUGCGACUGGCCAGGGUGUCUCAAGUCCUUCUCGAGCCGCUGUUACCUCAAGAAGCAUCACAUGACUCACAUCGACCCCAAUGUCUUCAAAUGUCUUCACGACGGCUGCGAAGAGGCGUUCGUCUCUUCGCCCGAACUCAACGCUCACUUCGCGGCCAAACAUUGCGGACAAAAGCCCUUCCAAUGCGUGAGUCCUCCGCCUCUCGCUCUUCCCCUCUCCUCUCACUCCUCCCGUUUCAGAGUUUCCCGAAUUGUGGCCAACAGUUCGCAGUGGGAACAAAACUCUUCUAAAUCCGCUCUAAUCCGCGCCUCAUUCGCAGAUCGUUCAUCAGGAGGAGAAGCGCUUCCACUGCGAUUGCGGGCCAUACACGACACGCAGCUGGCCUUUGCGCUAAUUGGGAGAGAAGGCGAGAAUCCGACGCUAAGGCGCAAAUUUGCAAACUGCUCUCUCGCGACAGACAUUCACGUCUGCGAAGUCCACCAAACGGGUAACCAAUCACUGCUCAGCCGCUGCGACUCGACGUUCAGUUCUCACAACAAACUGCGGAUUCACAAAAUGAAACACACGGGAGAAAAGCCCUUCAAGUCUGUGCCACUCUUUGCCCACUCUUUGCUCACUCCGUGUCCCCGACAGGUGUUCGCAAUGCGAGUGGCGUUUCCGACAGAAGAACCACUUGAAGACGCAUCUGCUGAAGCACUCGGGAGAGAAGCCGUUUGUGUGUCCGGACUGCGACCGAAGGUCUGUUCCGGUUGUCAUUGCCCGACAUUCACGUCUGCGAAGUCCACCAAACGGGUAACCAAUCACUGCUCAGCCGUUGUCUCGCUUUCUAACCCUUCCCUCCCUUCCGCCGCAGAGGGCAAACUCAACUGCGAUUGGCCGGGUAGGCUGCGACUCGACGUUCAGUUCUCACAACAAACUGCGGAUUCACAAAAUGAAACACACGGGAGAAAAGCCCUUCAAGUCUGUGCCACUCUUUGCUCACUCUUUGCUCACUCUUUGCUCACUCUUUGCUCACUCCGUGUCCCCAUGUCCACAAGCGUUACGCUCACCGCAAAGGCUGUCUUCUUGGUGAACUUCUGCGUAGACGACUUCGUGAGCCCUCUCUUCGGCAAACACACAGGCCUGACGCUGGCUUCCAGACAAGGCCAACAGUAUCGCCUCUCUUUGACGUCUCUUUGA